CUAAUCGCGUCAUGACGCCGACACCAAGAUUUUACGUAGCCUACCGCCGCAGUUCACCGUGUCUCUCCAUCUGAUCUCUCCGUUGCAGAAUUCCCCGCCUCCCCUUGCUUCAAUUUGCGCACCGCGAUCUUUAGCAGUGCUACGGAUUAACCAGCGGCUCAUAGACCGUGAACCGGACUGUCCACUAGUGUAGGAUUUAUUUGUCACGGAAAACACUUCGCACUGAAAACGAGUAGGGGGAAUGAUGACCAACCCUAUGCCCCGGUGUCUGGCUCACGGUUCCUAAAGAAGUCAUCUCAAGGAUGCUGCCUUCGAAGCGGAUCGAACGACAACCCCGGGCCUCACUUCAGCCCGGGGUUCUCCUGUGUAUCAUUCUCGCUACUGUCAGUGCAAGUAUGCCAGCUAGGGGUAAGUGCCCGGACCACAUAGACUGUGCCCGCGAGGGGCGGCACUUCUGCAAACCUGGCACAUCCUACUGCGGCCCGUGUCUCAAUCCAUUGGACGAGAACGAGGAAGGAUUGUGCGUGGCAAGGACGAGCCGCCGUCACCAUGGUAAAGUCACAUCCUUCUCUGAUCUAGAUGAAGAGAUUGACUUCCUUCACUCUGUCAUUGCCAAACAGGAAGUGUCUGAGGUCAAACAAUCAGACACCCGCUCCAAGGCAGCUAGGACUCAGACAGAGGCUCCCAGAAUGAGAGGGCAGGUCCAACCCUCGGCGGGGCAGCCCAACACCACCCAGCCCUCCACCCAGGCCCCCCAGCCUGCCACCGGGGCUCUGGGGAGGGUUGGAGUGGGAGGACCUGAUGGCCUCAUAGCCGUCCCAUACACCUCCAAGGACAGUCUCCUUGUCAUUAUGAUCUCUGUGUGUGUCGUCUUUGGCGCCGCGGGCCUGAUCUUGGCUUCAGUUUUCUGGGUCAGGCUGCAGAAGGAAUCCCGUCUGGCCCAGAAGGUAGAUUACCCUGCAUUUGGAAGCCAUGGGAAUGGAACAGCCAACAGGCCUUCAUCGGGGGAUAAGAAGUUGGCCCAGAGUGCCCAGAUGUACCACUACCAGCAUCAGAAACAGCAGAUGCUCUCCAUGGAAAAUCAUAAAUCGGAACCGAAGGUCGCUGACUCAGAAGUCACGUCAGAUGAGGAGGAAGUGGACGGAGACUUCACUGUGUACGAGUGCCCUGGACUGGCACCGACUGGAGAGAUGGAAGUGAAGAAUCCUUUGUUCAACGACUCUACCCUACACUACCAGGGGAAUCCCAUGUGAAACCCAUAGAUGUUCAUCACACACACACACACACACACACACACACACACACACACACACACACACAUACCAUUUCACUUUGUUUAACGACUCUACCCUACACUACCAGGGGAAUCUCAUGUGAAACCCAUAGAUGUUCAUGCCUGCACACACACACACACACACACACCAUUUCUUGUACUCUGGAAAAAUAGCACGUGAACUCUCCGAUCUUAGAACUGGAUGGGCUUAUAUAAGAGGAAAUGAAGAGGCAGGAGGAUGACAGAUGCAUGAUGCAACUCAAGAUAUAUGUCUCUAAUGGCACCCUUACACCCUAUAUAGUGCACUACUUUUGGCCAGAACCCUAUGGGUCCAGGUCAAAAGUAGUGCACUACAUAGGGUGUAGGGUGCUAUUUGGGAUGUAGACAACCUUCCUGUAUCCUAGGACUUGGACACUUAGUAGGGUGUUUCUAUCAAAAUAACUAGUCCCCUUAUACUUUCCAGUAAAAGACAGUUGUUCCUUUUGAAUAUAAUUAGUUGUUUCAUGUCUUUGCACCUUUCCUUGGUCUUUUCAGCUGGUUUGUAAUUUAAUCUCACAACGAGAACAUUACUAUGGGAACCAAAUGUUUGCCAAAGCAAAUGAAAUGGGCAACAAACAAAAGUGAAAUAAACAAGGAAAAGACCAUCAUAAAUGAACACUAAACAUUACUCACGAAAGUUUUUAAAGAAUAUAGACAUUUCAAAUGUUAUAUUAUUGGCACAGUGUUGCAACAAUGUCCAAGUAAUUGAAGUAUGAAAGGGACAAUUAACAAACGGACAGGUUGUAUUUACAAUGGUGUUUGUGCUCUACUUGUUGCCCCUUUCUUGAGGCAACAGGUCUCAAAUCUUACUGAUGUGGUGGCACACUGUGGUAUUUCACCUAAUAGACGUUUUAUCAAGAUUGGAUUUGUUUUCGUAUUCUUUCUGGGUCUGUGUAAUCGGUGGGAAAUAUGUCUCUAAUAUGGUCAUACAUUUGGCAGGAGGUUAGAAAAUGCUGCUCGGUUUCUCUCUCUCUUAGAAUCAGUGUUUCAAUUGCUGGCCUUUGUAAUGUCCAUUAUUAUCUCCCAACGUCUCUGUUUGAAUGUGGUACAAUGACCUUAUAUAUAUAUAUAUAGCACAUAGAACACACAUAUUUGCAGACACACACACACACAUCAAUUGUGCAGACACACACACAUCAAAACAGUCCCUUACUCUAUUAGCCAUGCAUAGCUAGUAGCUAACCCCAGAUCAUUAUACUGUAGGUACUGGUACACAUGAAGGGUUUUUCAUGAAAAGUGCUUGUCAUUUGGCCAAGGAGCGAGAGGAACACAAGGGGACACUGUCAUGAUAUACUGUGAUAUAAUCUUUUCAGUACUAUUUUAUGGAUGCAAAAAAAAUGUAUGUCACAUAUUUGUGAUGUCUGUCUAUUCGUAUCUUCCAAAAACAGGGUUUAGAGUUCUUGUCAUUUGGUGUAGCAAAUUUCACCUUGUUAAAUCAAUAUUGUAGAUUUAAGAAAGCAUAUUGGAAAAUGUAGUACCAGAUGAUUUCUCAUGCUUGGUUUGAUUCCGACAUGUUAGAAUAUGAUAAUCACUUUGAUUCGACCUCCUGUGUGUAACUGGAGGAGACAUUGAUAUGUUCAUCGUAAUAAGAAUUUCUAUAGGAUUGAUGAUCCGGGGUGGAUGUGGCUAUCUAGUAUUUUCUUCUCUCUUUCGUUCCUGUCAGUCCCAACCCUGGCGUUGCAAAAUGUGCAUAGAAAGAGUGAAACUGUUCACUUGUAUAUUUUUGUACCUACAGGCCUCGCUUCUGAAUUCAACGUUUUUUACCUCAAGUGAAGCUUGCAAAAGGACCAUGCAUUGUAUGCAUCUCUGUCUCGUUUUCUCUCUCUCUCUCUCACUCCUCUCCUGUCUCCUCUCUCUUUCUCUCUCUCUCUCUCUCUCACUCCUCUCCUGUCUCCUCUCUCUUUCUCUCUCUCUCACUCCUCUCCUGUCUCCUCUCUCUUUCUCUCUCUCUCACUCCUCUCCUGUCUCUUCUCUCUCUCACUCCUCUCCUGUCUCCUCUCUCUUUCUCUCUCUCUCUCUCUCUCACUCCUCUCCUGUCUCCUCUCUCUUUCUCACUCCUCUCCUGUCUCCUCUCUCUCUCUCUCUCUCACUCCUCUCCUGUCUCCUCUCUCUUUCUCUCUCUCUCUCUCUCUCACUCCUCUCCUGUCUCCUCUCUCUUUCUCUCUCUCUCUCUCACUCCUCUCCUGUCUCCUCUCUCUCUCUCUCUCACUCCUCUCCUGUCUCCUCUCUCUUGCUCACUCUCUCUGUCUCUCUCUCUAUUCAAUUCAAUUCAAAGGGCUUUAUUAGCAUGGGAACAUAUGUUUAUGUUUCCAAAGCAAGUGAAAUAGAUAAUAAACAACAAGUUUACACUCACAAAUGUUCUAAAGGGAUAGAGGCAUUUCGGAUGUCAUUAUGGCUAUAUACAGUGUUGUAAUGAUGUGCACCUCCCUCUCUCUAUCUCCCUCCACCCUCUCUGUUUCUCUCGCCCUCCUGUCUCUCAAUUCGAUUCAAAGGGCUUUAUUGGCAUGGGAAACGUAUGUUUACGUUGCCAAAGCAUAUGAAAUAGAUACUAAACAAUCAAAAAUUAAUUAAAAUUACAAUCACAAAAGUUUCAAAUGAAUAGAGGAAUUAUUUUCAAAUGUCAUAUUAUGGCUAUAUACAAUGUUAUAACGAUGUGCAAAUGGGUAAAUUACAAAAGGGAAAAUAAAUAAACAUAAAUAUG